CUCAGAAGUUGUGGACAAGUCUAGGGAGCUGUUCUUCCGAAAAAGGUGCUGAAUCUUUUGGGUUUUGGAGAGUGCUGUCAUGAGGCCACGUGCUUCUGCAAAGUUUGAUCGUAUUACUAAGACUCACUUCAGAGAGACACUACCAUACCAUGGGAUUUUCCUUGGGACUCCCCCCCAUCUCUCUCUCUCUCCCUCUCGUUCUCUCUCUCUCUCCCUCUCUCUCCCACUCAACCUUCUCGCUCUCCGCCGUCCCUGUCCCAGCAGCCCGCAGAGUUUUCCGUCCUGUGUCGAGAUAACAUCGUAUACGCGGACCACCUGACGGUAAGACCGGUCUAAAUGGAAGCAGCGGAGGAAACUCUCACUUACCGAGAUGACGCCGUACUUCACAGGAAGCUGCUCCCAGAGGACAAAGAGACUAAAGAGACGGACAUAAAGAAGGGCUUCUCUGCCGAGACAAACAGCGACGAGUCCAACUAUGUGGAUCUGGACAUGAAACCGGACGGCGCAAAAACAGUGAAAGUGACUUUCACUGGCGAGGGGAACCAGCUGUCUGUUGUAAAAUGCGACAAAACAAAGAAAGGAGAGCUUGAGAAGGAGAUUAAAAUCAUCUCAGAGGACUUGUUUGUGUCUAGGGACAAACAGGCCACCGAUCCCGGACCUGUUUUGGGUGAGCCUCCCGUGGAAACUCUGAUCACACUUCCCAACACAGACAAGGACUCGGAGAACGAGAGCCACGGCCGGGCCAGGCAAGACGCGAGUGACUACAGUGAGAGUGAAGAGUUCCUUUACACAGACAACUAUCUGAACAGCAAAACCGAGUCUGAUGAUGGUGCCAGUGCGGUUCUGUCCGACCAGUGCGGCUCCGACACCGUGGAGGACGAGUCUCACUAUAUCACGACGCACGAGAUCCAGUUGACCGAACUCGACCACGAUGUAGAUUACGACCUGGGCCGAGGGACCUGCUGGGAUUUCGAAGACAACAACCUGGUUUAUUCCUUUGUGGAUUACGCGUCUUUCGAGAGCGAUGACACGCAGGAGGGGACUCUGAUCCUGGAGGGCAGGAGCCAGGCGAAAGUGCAGUCUAAUCUCGGGGGGGCGGUUGUCAGCACGGAGGAGCAGGAGGAAAGUGAUCUCGGUGACUCGGAUAAAUGCGCAAGUUCAGAUGAAAGUGUGAGUAAAAACCAAAUCGUGGACUCUAAUGCGGGUAAAAUUCAUUUAUCCAUCAAAACCUCCUCCAGAGCGGUGAACGAACCUGACAACACCUGUGGCUAUACCAAACACUUUGGAGACAGGAGCCAGUUCUCCUUUGUGAGCUCUGGCGCCAGACCGGGGCCCCUGUGCGAUAGAACCCAAUAUUUCAUCCCAGCGCCGGGCCGUCAGCACCUUGCGACCAAACUGAGACGGAAAGAUAUUAAUGAGUAUUCCAGCGGAGCGUCCAGCUCCAUCAGUGAGCUGGAUGACGCUGAUAAAGAGGUGCGUAAUCUAACCGCCAAGUCCUUCCGGAGUUUGGCAUGUCCGUACUUCGAUGCCAUAAAUCUUAGCACCUCGAGUGACUCUUCGUUGUCUGAAUAUGGUCUAAAUAAAUGGUCGGCUUAUGUGGACUGGAAUUAUGGAAACAUAACCCGAGGAGGGGAGCGCAGCGUAACGGCGCACAAGACAUCAAGCGCAACACUGGAAAUGCAAAAGACUAUGGGCAGUAAGAGGCAGGGUAAGUCUGUUGCCGGCAUGAAAGCUCCACAAACCAAAAUGUACACACUAAACAAGAAAACAAGUCAACAAUCUUCCUCUUCUGGCAAAAAGGUCGAUUUGACAGAUCAGCCGCAGCAGCGCGGGGUCACGCUGAAUUUUCGCUGCAAUGUUGAAGCGCCCGAAGGCGCCAGACGGCCAAAAUGCUCCAAGAUUGCACGAACCAGUGCGGUCACAGAGAAUGAGUUGGUCAGGUCAGGAUGUGAGAUGCAGCAACAACAACACACAGACAACACGGGGGGCACACACAAAAGAGCAGUCUUCGCCUCAAGUCUGCUCAAAAAUGUAAUCUCUAAAAAGAUGCAGUUCGAGCAGGAGCGUAAAAUGGAGAGAGGGGAAAUUCGCGAUACAUACCCAGCACCUUCACCGAGUUCUCAAUUUAAAGAUCAAGAUGCACCAAAAGACAGGUGUCAUGGAAACGGCAUACAAAGACAGGGUUCAGAGUCAGGUUCAGGAUUUAACUCUUCUGAUGAUCAGCGACUGGAGGGCAGCAGACCUGGUUCCUGUGAGCCUGCAGAGGAGCAAAGAGGUGAUAAAGCACCACCUGAGUCAGAGAGCACUUCCCCCAAAGCCCUGCUGUGUCAGAGUCAGAGCAGUGCUUUUAAUGCAGUUAAAGACGAUGAGACAGAAGCUGCAAAGGACUCUGAACCCACACCUGUAAGUGACACACAGACCUCAGCUAAAGAAGUGUUAGACACCAACAGCAUGCUGACAAAACUGCUUUUUGUUCCAAGCUACCAGCUCCAUUCAAAAAAGAAGGAAUUUAAAGAAGACCUGCAAGCAGAUACACCUGAGAAAGGAGGCGCUGAAAUAGGAGGGAAAACCCCAGAGAUUAAAAUAUGCCUUAGAAGCGUAAAGGAAAAUAAAGGCUGUACACUGAACAUCGCCAGCCUUUUAACCCCCAAAAUUAGUUACAACACUGUUAACACAUUCAGAGCAGCAGGCAAUGCUAAAUGUCACGUUUGGUCAGCUGCAGAUAAAAUUCCAAACUUCACCGUCAGAGAUAUAAGAGACACAAAAUGCAAGUUUCAAACACCCAUCUAUCAGGUCAGGGACGUGCGUAAACUGGUCAAAAGUUCAUAUCGCUUCGUUUCUUUGGAUAACAGUGAGAGUAAAUUUUCAACGGCUGCUGAUAAACCUGAAGCCUCAAAGGAGCCGAUGAAGCAUUUAUUACCAUCGCCUAUUGUGAUUAAAUGUCAUUCUGUUAAAACAAAUGUGAAACAACAGGCUUCUGAGGUGUCACAGAAACAAGCAGAAGCUCCCCAAAGCGAAAAUACACACAGCAGAGUGACGAGCGCCGCAUCGAAGCAGCCUCAUGCUGACCUGGCAGACAGUCAGACAAGCGUGGACUCAAAGCUGUCAAAACAAAGGCCGGAAAAGUUCGCAGGUGAGCCUAAGAUACCAAAACAAGCCGCGUUAGAGAAGCUCAAAGCUGCAGUCAAAACGAUGGAGCAGCUUUAUGUUUUUGACAGAAAUGAGUGGAAGCGGAAAAACCAGGCCCCUCAGACAAUCACAGGCAGCCAUGUUUUGUCACUUAUUGCCAGUGAGGAGCAGGCAGCAGAAGAGCCAGAGGUGAUGAGUCAGUCUUUGACACACAGCACAGACGCAGACAAACCGCAGGAAGCUAAAAGAGCUCAGAAUAUCAUUCACGUCCCGUACAGUGAUGACACGUUUAAGACACAAUCACAGCAGCAAAGUCAGACAUUCAGUAAUAAAAGCGUCCUCCAUUUAGGCAACAAAGCACGAGUUAGCGUCAGUUCAGUUAAGAACUCUGUUCCACAAAAAUCUGAGCUGCAGACUUCAUCGACUAUGAAAAGCUCCAACACAUCAGCGGCUCCUCUGUCAGUGAAAAUAGAGCCCCCCAAACACGGCCAGGUGGAGCAGGGAAAGGUCAAAAUCAUUCCCACUAAUCCCGCUGUCACACAGGCCUGCACAGACUCUGAGAACUAUUUAACCAUCCCGGGGCUGGGGUACACGAACGAAAUCAAACUGCAGAACACAGAGCCUGUUUCCAGUGUGGACCGAUCGAAUAUUCAUCACAUCAAAACAGUUGAGAGCAAAACACCCCCGAUAAUCAUGGAGUACCCCGCUGCGAGUAUCUACCAUCAUGUGAGGGCGCCGGCAGGGCCUCCUGCAGCACAGCAGGUGUUGUGUAUCUCCCCCUCCAUCCCCACAGUGUCGCCCACACCUUCUGCUGGAGAGACUGCCCCGCAAACACAGCGCAAGAUGCUUCUGGACCCUUCCACGGGACAUUAUUACCUGGUGGACACCCCCGUACAGACCACCACAAAGAGACUGUUUGACCCUGAGACAGGCCAGUUUGUGGAUGUACCCAUGCCCCAUUCUCCUGUGUCACCCGUCACCCCUGUUACCCCAGUCACCCCCGUCACCCCUGUUCCUCUCUCUGUCUCACCCCUGGCUCUGAGCCCCGGAGCAUACGCCCCCACCUACAUGAUCUACCCCGGCUUUAUCCCGUCACCCACCCUGCCAGCCCAGGCUGUGUUAACACAGUCACCGUGUCUGUUGGAGGAUGCAGGCGGAGACAAGGUGAACAAUGCCCGAGGCCCAAGACUGGAGGCGAACGCAGCAGGAGCAGAGAGUGUGUAUUACAGCGCGACAGGUGAGGCUGCACUGCAGUUGCCAGUGAGCUUGGGACAUGUGACCCCAACAGGAAGCGCAGUGAGCUCUGACAGGAAACCAGUCAUCAGCAUCACCACGCAACAGGGUCCAAGAAUCAUCGCCCCGCCCUCCUUUGAUGGAACAACAAUGAGCUUUGUAGUGGAGCAUCGGUGACCAAGAAAUCAUCUCAUCAUACAUGUAAGUGAACUUAUAGUACAUGUAUUUCAAUCAUUAAAAAUAGUGGAGCUUGUGUAGAUGAUGGACAUAGUGCGUUACCCUUCAAAUGUCCUUGUCACUCCUGCACAUCUUUCUAUCUGCAAGUAAAUAUCUGACAGUGACUGCCAACUUUACUCUCACAGUUUUCACUGAAUUCAUUCCUUGUUGACAUGGUUGAACUGAAAAGAGUUGUAUGUCAUUGUAAUUUUUAUUUAGAUUACAUUUAGAUUUAAACACAUUCAUCAUAAAGUAUGAAGUACACAUCAUAUGGCUCAGCCCAAAAGUAUAAUACUUACUCAGAUUAAAUGAUUCAGAGUCUUUCCUAACUUAAUGUUGUAUAUAAUAGUACAAUACAAUUAAGGGUUAGUUUUUCAAAUUAUCACCAUUCUGCAUAAAGGCAAUCUAAAUACAAAACCACCGACUUAAAUGAUCUGCAUCAGUGGAUUGUUUAUUCUGAUAUUAUGUGAAUAAACUUGGAGCCUAAAGGAUUUUACCAAAACAAAUACUUAUAUCCAUUUUUGACAUACAGUUUUUUUAUGGGAGCAUGUUUAUAAGAUUAAUGCACACCAAAGCUACCAGCUGGAACAAUAACUCAACUCUGACAAAGGCUAAGAUUUUAACUUGUGUAAUUAGAGAGGUCAAAAGAGCUCCAGCAACACUUGUAGUUCAGGAAAACAGCUUUAUUCGACCGACGUGUUUCGGCUUGUGGCGUUCAUCAGGGUUAUCAGAAAUGCAUUGCAUUGGGUCAUUGACCCUGAUGAAGGCCACAAGCUGAAGCGCGUCAGUCGAAUAAAGCUGUUUUCCUGACCUGCAAGUGUUGCUGGAGCUCUUUUGACCUCUUUUAGACCUUUUUUCUCCAAGCACCUUGGAAGUUGGUGAAGUUGUGCCAGCACUUUUGUUCUCCAAAUUGUGUCAUUAGCCCUUUAUUUGCCGUUAACCAAAAAAAGCCCUUAGUCACCAUCAGGUUAAUCAUAGUCCUAUUUAAUAUUCAGAGGUUAUGAUGCUGAAUUGUGUUGUCUCAGCGGUCAGCAGUUCUGGUCUCUUGCAGACAUGUGGACCUAUAAGGUCCUGUAGUUGUCCGUGAGAUCUGACAUCAUUUUGAUGUCUCUAAUGUUGCUAAUGCAGCAGUCCAGCUGGGCCGCUUCAGCAGCGGCAUGUCAGUGUUAAUAGACAUGCAGUAGCUUCAUGACAGGUUACUUGACUCCUCUGAACUGCAGCCGGGCAUGCUGGGAGAUCUGAUUUUCAGCAGUGGCCUGCAGCGAGUUCUCUUUUCUCUGCAUUACACACCGUCGGGCUAUUUUAAUAGUGUGAGACGAGUUUGUUUACAUGGUUUAUUCUCAGGGUUAGAAGGUGUCACAGGAAAGUAUUCCAGCCUGUGACACCUUACAUUGGGUUAUUCUUAUAAAUGCUUUAACUACUCAGGUAACAUGACUCUUCAUUUAUGUGUUCGUUCCUUGAAUCAUUUCCUCCCUCUGUACUUUUUUUCAUUAUGCAAACACUGAAUCUCCUGUAAGAGGUUUUAUUAUUAUUUAUUAUUAUUAAAAACAUUAGUCAUACUAUCAGUAUAAAUAUUUUUUUCUUCAUAUUUAUUUUUAAUAUCUGACACAGCUCUGAGGGGGUAGGUGUCAGAUCAGAUGAUUGACUGCAUGCUACAGAAACAGCCUUGUUUAUUAUAUUUAUUAUGGGACAGAAUUUGAUUGAGUGCUUUACUACUCUGCUUAAAAGAGCUUUAAAUACUUUUACUAAAACAAAACAGUCAGUAAUCAAUCGAGUAAAGCAACGGAUUUUUUCAUGAAUUCAACAAAAUAAAAGCCUCUUUAUUUCUGUUGAAUUAAGGCUAAACCUGUGUGGUGGUUGGCUGAUAUGGUGUAAAAUGAGUUUGUGAUUUCCAGUAUUUUAAGGCAGCUAAAUUUGAACACAGAUUGGUUGAUGGGGAUUGACAAGCCAAGCGCCUCCAUAAAUAAUAACCCCUUUCUCUACAAUUUAUUCAGACUCUUUUCUUGAUUGUCUUUCAAUAUAACUCAUAUUUCAUUCAUCAUUUAGUCAUUUCACAGAGCCUGCAUAUCAUAUAAUUCAAUCUUUUAGUAAAAUUGAAAACUUUCAGGAUUUUUCAAGUGUUUUAUCAGAAUCAGAAUCAGCCUUUAUUGUCAUUGUACACAGUGCAACAAAAUUUGAGCGCCACUCCCUUUGGUGCAAAACAAUAGUAUUUAAAUAAAAACACUAAAAACACAAAGAUAAGAAAUGUAAAUAAAUAUGUAAGUAAAUAAAUAAUAAAACCCAAGUUUUGUUCUUAUAGAAUGAUGACUUUACCAUCAGUCUUAGUUACUCUCAGCGUUUACUUUGCAUUUUCUAGUGAAAUCUUACCUCUUAGUGCGCUGUGUUAACUUCAGACAGGAUUUGGGCGGAAUGCUAACUUGUUAGCAGAUUUUUAAAAUGCUAAUAAAAUGGGCAUGCAUUACAUGGAUCACAAGUUACCUAUGGUAUGACAGUCCCUUUGUAUUGUUGUCUUACGGAUGAGCAGCAGUAAAGUAGCAUGCAAAAGUCAGACAAAAAAUGGUUGCAAAAAUAAAUAUUUACAAACUGAUAAGAUAAACCAAAGAAAGAAAUGCAAAAAGACCGCUUGGAUUGAAACUGUUUACUCCUAAGUGCACCCUCUUAGGAAAGAGAAGAUUCUUUCUCUGCCUCUCAUACACUCAUAUAUACACACCUACAACUAGUCACAACCCAUUCUCAGCUAAUGUGUCAGAGCAAUAAUACAACUGCAUGAGCAUGAGGGAGAUACAUAUCAGCCGGGUGCGUGGCAGGCAGGGGCCUAGCAUGGGGUUGAGUAGUGGUUUGAAGAGGAACACAGUGUGUGUGUGUGUGUGUGUGUGUGUGUGUGUGUGUGUGUGUGUGUGUGUGUGUGUGUGUGUGUGUGUGUGUGUGUGUGUGUGUGUGUGUGGGCGCGCGCAGCAGUGGUGGGGGUGUUUGUGGCGCAGGGGAAGAGGGGGCAUGGCUGGGAUAGUGAUGCAGGAGGAAAAGGUCAGGCAAUGUAAAGUAUUUGUUGUGCUGAUGCAGGGAGAGGACAGCUGCUCAGACGGAUCAGAUGCUGCUGCAGCUCCAGCUUGGAAGCGAGUCUGUGGGGCUGAGAUGGGGUCAACUUUUUAUAGCCCCCUCCCCCUCUCCUUUUUCCUUAAUGGGGAGAAGGAGGUGGGGAGCACUGCCAACCUCCAACACUCCUACGUAAACAAAUCAAAAAGCAUGACUCCAUGAGCGGUGUAGCCGAAUCUGGUUGGCUAAUCCAGGACCAGAAUUUUGAAGUUACCUAAAUGUUUUCUGAUCUGAACCUUCACUUCAGUUUCACUGAAUUCAUCUGAGUUUAACAAACUUCUCAUGUCUCCUCUGUCACCCCAGAAAUCUCCACUGAAGAGUCUGCCCUCACUCAGCGAGAGUGCAAGUUUCAUCUCCAUAACCCCACCCUACCUGUGAUCUACUCCCAAGGAAAACCUCAACCAUGAAAAUCGUAUCCCUACUUGCCCUGUUGUUUAUCCUUGCAGCAGACCUUACUAAUAUCUGUAUGCAUUGUAGCACUUUGUAGGAUAAAAGCAUUCAGCCACAUCCUCUGGUUGAUGCUGCGCCAUCUUGUUUUAUGAAACUGCUUGGUAAUACUUUCCAUUUAGCUGCUGUCUAGAACUCUUGAAAUGCUGUUUCGGCCCUGCAACAGGUCAAAGGAAACAAGACAGGUUUUCUAUUACAGUUCAGUUUUGGCAGCCAAGCCACAAUUAUAAGACUGUAUAUUUUAUGUUACUUUGUGUUUAAGGCAAGACUAUGCAGAACAAAACAAAACUUUAUUUACCUGUUUGUGUUUGUGUUGGAUCAGUCACAGAUUUUGAUCUUAUCGUAAAAAUCAAAACACAAAUUUUCCCCUGUAUAUUCCUCCAGAUUACAGUAUUGUUGACGCUUCCAUAUGGGUAUAUUAAGCAAAAUGUGAUGGCAAGAUCGCCUCUUUAUAAGUGGCCAAAAAAUGUAAACAGAACAAAAAUUUUUCUUGCAGUCCAAAUAGAUCUCUCCCUAAAGGCUGCUAAUGUUCAACAAACUUCCAGAUUUUUUUUCCUACAUUCCAAUAAAAUCUUGGGAUAUUAUCGAUAGAUGGCUUGUGUCCAAACCCCUGAUGUUAAAAGUAACAGCACAGAGCUGAUCUGUUAUCUGUUCUUGAUCUGGUGACAACCAAAGUGUCAUGUGAGGGUUAGGGAAAGUACCUGUAAACUAGCCGGCUGAUGUGGUGUUUGUCGAUUUUAAAAAUAGAAAAUGUGGGCAAACACACACUCUGGCUGUGCCACAUCACUCAGCCUCCCAGGAAAAACUUAUAUCAUGGUGGUGGAACGACACAGUUAGCUCAUCUAGAUUACUUCUGGAUAAAAAAGAGAAACUUGCUUCUGUUUUCUCUAAGUUGGUGAGUACCUUCAGUAUGAGGUAGUGUUUCCAUUAUUAGCUGCCAUUAUGUCUUCAGUUCUAUUCAGGUUCUGAGACAGAUAAUGCUGCGUUCCAGUUACCUCGGAAGUCGGAUGUCGGAGCUGGGAAUGACAUUUACCCGAGUUGACGACGUUCCAGUUAACAAGUCGGAAAACCAAGAUGGACGCCUACUCUUAGCUAUUGGUAGUUGUUGUUCACAAUUGUCAGCUGUCGUUAGCUGUUGUUAGUUGUUGUUAGCUAUACAAGCUGUGAACAACACAUAACACAGUAUUUUACUCUUACAAACACCAUAGCACCGUGUUCACAGUUAGACAGUGGGCAGCACAACAUAUGCUACUUAUUUAAUUUCACAAAAACAAAACAGAAGUGCUAAUAAAUAAAACAUUACGAGAGCUUUUACUGUCACUCUUUAAUGUUUAUGCACUGCGCUGCCAUCUUGGAUUAUGACGUCGUCAAGUCAGGGUUGGUGAGUAUCAUCCGACUUGCCGAGUUGCAAAUCCGACUUCAGGGGGGCGUUCUAGAUGAAUUUCCGACUCCAAGCUCAGAAAGUCCGACUUCCGAGUACAACUGGAACGCAGCAUAAGUACAUUGUCACAUUUUCUUUAAGGGAUAUUCAAGGACUGAAUGGUGAUGAUAUGGUUCUGCUGCCUUUAUGACACCAGAACACACUGAGGUUUGGAAACUGACUUUCCUUCAAAGCAGUACUGAGAGGAAGUGAACCAAAGUGAUCCAGCCAACAGAUUUAGACCUGAAAAUCUGUAGAUUUGUUCCAGACAAACACAAAUGCAGGAAUACAAUAAGAGUUGACCCACAAAACACUGUAGACCAUUUAUCCGGGGAAUGCCCAGGAUCCUUUAAGGGAUGACAAAGGAUACAAAACAUACAGGUGAUCAACAGCCAAAAAACUAAUGGCUGAAGUGAUCAGUCUGUAAAACCUUAAACACUACUGGACAUCAAGAAAAAAAGGGAAUUCUGGGUGCCAUUAUCCUGCCUCUAACUACUGUUUUUGGCCAAAGAGGCCACUUUUGGUUAAAACUUGCAUAGUCUUGCUUUAAUCCAACGAUAGGAUGAUCAUUGGAAAACGUGCAUUAAUGUGUAUUUUACACAAAUUUUUGAGGACAGGGACCAUUGGUCUGCACUGAAUUGUAAAAACAGACUUAAUUGGCUAUGGUGAUUCACUUUUUUAAAACAGAAAACUGUGUUAGAUGUUUUAUUUAGAUUGUUUGUGUUUCCAAAUAAUAUAUUUCAAAGAUGUCACCAACAGAAGGUAAAACAGGGAUGGCUGACAUUGCUAUGUUUAAUAUGACCUCACUCCAACACAAAUUGUCGGCAUUACGUUAAGAUGUUUUCGAGGAGUUAGUAGCUCAUGUUCUACUUGAAGUAUGUGUCACCUCUGUGUAAUGACACACAAAAUGCUGCUAAUACCUGUACAUUUGACAUGACGCUGAGUGACGUGUUGUAUCUUUCUGUUCAAAAGCACAUGCCUCACAUGUUUAUUGUAAGAAGUCGAGAGAAACACACCGAGUGUGUUGUUAAGAUGAAACACAGCUGGGACUCUGGUGUAAAAGUGAACUUAGGUUACCAUUUCCUAUGUGCUGUUGGGCCUAAUGAGUCAGAUCCAGCUAAGAUAAUUAGGGGGUUACUUCCUCUAUGCUGUUUGUUUAUAUUUUACACUUUUGUGUAAUGACAUGGGAGUUAAUGCAUGUGCAAUCUGAAUGUGUAAGUGUGUGACUGUGAGUUAUGUAUGGCAUUUUGGUAUUCAGUGAGCAUACAACAAGGAAUCAUAUUACUUUACUGUAGACAGGAGCAUCAUCCAAGCAUAUGUUGGUUGUGUCUUUACACUUUAUACACAGCAAUGUCAGUUACUCUUGAGCAAAUAACUUGACUGCUUCACAUUUCACCCAUAGAAACUAGUUUUUAUUUGAAUGACAACUAUAGGAUGCUAUUACAAUCUUUUUUUCUCCUGCAACUUAAUUUUUUCUGUCUUGUUUCCUAUUGACCAUGCAGUGGAGAUUCAUAGGUCAAUACUUGACUCAGUUGCUUGUAUCCCACACAGGAUUUUUGCAAAUUGUAGAUUGCUAUUUUUAGCAUGUUAUAAAUUUAAAACCAAAUUAAAGGUAUUUGGAGCUGCUGGUCAGUCUAUGUACCUUCUGUUGAAUACAUGUUAUUAUGAAUCUGUAGCAACAAACUUUAUAUAAAUUGCCCUGUGAGCUUAUUUCAUUACAAGUAAUAAGAAUACAUGCAGUGAUUUGAAAGACUUGUUGUUAACUGUGCCGUAGACUUGAACGAUUUGCUUUGAGAAGCAACCUGGUGUUAGAACAUUAAAUGCAUUUUGAGGUGAACUGGUAGUUAAAUUUUUACAUUAAAGUCAGAACACAUCUAUUUUUUUAGACGCCAUGAACUCCACAGGCCGUGUACGCCUUCUGUUGGACAUUAUUUCAAAAAGGUAGCCAGAGGGGGAACAUUAAAAACUUGCUGCUGUGACUUCAUUUCCGAUCAUUCAGAAUGAGAAUAAUUAAAAGUCGAUUUGGAUCCCUGUGGAGUAUAAAAUAUCAAAAGCAACAUUAUUUAAUCACUUUAAAAUCCAGUCAUUCUGGUGCUUUUAUAAAGAUGAAACACAUCAAGACCCUGUUACCAAAUGUAUUUUUUAGUGCCUUGUAUGACCUAAUCUGUGAAUAAUACUGUACUUAAUGCACUUGAAUUUUCACUGUUUUAUAAGCAACACUGACAGCAAUGAUUGGCUGAAAAAGAUUGACAGCUGGUGCUAGCAGGGGCACUCCAGGGACUUUUGACUUGUAAGAUGAGACCCUGUGAAGUGUUCCCGGUGAAUUUCCCCCCAAAGAUGCACUGUGUCAUAGUUUUGAAUAAAAGUUGAUUUUUCCCAAUCCUAAUCCUAAAAAAAAAAAAAAAAACCCUGCUGACUUUUAGGUUGAAUAUGGGAAACCAACGUGAUCAGAGCUUGCUUUUUGGGACAGAGGGUUGACUGAAUGUAAGAUGGUAUGAGAUAAGUAUGUAUGGCUGUACAAAGAGGAAGGGCAAAUGUUGAAAUGAAAUGCCUUCAUGGCUACACUGUCAUGUCUUGGCAUUGUAUGUUAAAGAUGGUGUCAACUGCAUGUGGCUGCCCCAGAAAGAGACAGAAAGACGGAGAGGUUGGGAUGACAGUGGAGAGCUAUCUUCGAAGGAGAAGUGAGUGCUGUGUCGACACUUACAAGCUUGAAAGUAAUGAAAAUGAUGAAUGAGUGCUAUGUGGACUGACAAGUCAACAUAUGUUUGCAAUAAAUUCAAAUGCAAGCUUCUGAACAUGUUUGUGUCUUUGAAUUUGAAUUUCUUG